AUGAAAGCUUUUGUCACCACAUUCCUCGCCACUUUGUUGAUCACAACCUGUUGUGCGCACUCCACACCAACCGCACUUUUUACACCAUACGUUCCCGUGCAUCCCCUCGAUGAAGGAUACUUUCCGGUGCCGAGGUUCUUCCACCAAGUAGAAACCGGCCUGGUGCAGGAACAUCCGGUCAUCCGGUUUCCCGAACCACAACCAUACCACCACACCGCUAAUCCUCCCUAUCCUCACGAAGCACCCCACCAACCGGAUCAGGUAUACCUGCCAGAGAAGCCUUUCCUAACGUACGUGGCACCUUCAUCCUCCCUGGUGGCGUACGUUCCGGUACAGCGUGGAACCCAGGGACCUUGGGCCGUACCGAACGUCUUCAUCAAGGGGCAGGGAUACAGCACCAACAAAUACGUUGCCCCCGCCGUGAUGCAACAGUACCUCGCGCAAGAUCCACGGUGA